GGGGAAGCCGUAGCCAUGGCGGCGGCUGUGGCCUUGGUGGGAGGCGUCAACGGGACUGAGCUAGGCCUCGCGGAAGAACUCGCCAAACUCGAGUAUCUGUCUUUGGUGUCGAAGGUUUGCACUGAGUUGAACAAUCACUUGGGGAUCAACGACAAGGACCUGGCUGAAUUUGUCAUCAGUCUUGCUGAGAAAAAUACCACCUUUGAUACUUUUAAGACUUUCCUCGUCAAAAAUGGUGCAGAAUUCACGGAUUCUCUUAUCAGUAACUUGCUGCGUCUCAUACAAACCAUGCAGCCUCCCCCAAAGUCUUCUACUGGCAAAGACCCAGUUGUUAAACCCAAAACUGAGAAAGAAAAGCUGAAAGAACUCUUUCUAGUCCUUUGCCAACCAGACAACCCUUCUGUUUGGACCAUGCUGGAUGAGGAUGAUGUGAAAGUCGCUGUGGAUGUCCUGAAAGAACUGGAGGCUUUAAUGCCCAGUGCAGCGGGCCAGGAGAAGCAAAGAGAUGCCCAGCACUGGGACAAGGCAAAGAAGAAGAAGCGGAGCCGGAACCGAGAACGAGACCGUGAUAGAGACCACAAGCGGAGACACCAGUCCCGCUCUCGAUCACGUUCCAGGACCCUGGAGAGGAAUAAAGGGAAGUCUAGAUAUCGGUCCAGGAGCAGAAGUCAGAGUCCCCCCAGAGACCGGAAGGACCGAGACAAAUGGGAGAGGAAUCUGGACAGAUGGCGGGAUAAGCACGUGGACUGCCCUCCCCCGGAAGAGCCCGCUAUCGGGGAAGUUUACAGUGGCAAAGUUACCAGCAUCAUGCAGUUUGGAUGUUUUGUGCAGCUAGAGGGACUAAGGAAGCGGUGGGAAGGUCUGGUGCAUAUUUCUGAGCUCCGGCGGGAAGGCCGUGUCGCUAAUGUGGCUGAUGUGGUGAGCAAAGGCCAGAGAGUCAAGGUCAAAGUGUUGUCUUUCACUGGGACCAAGACCAGUUUGAGCAUGAAGGAUGUGGAUCAAGAGUCUGGGGAAGAUCUAAACCCAAAUCGAUGACGAAAUCUUGUCGGGGAGACCAAUGAGGGGACUUCUAUGAGGAAUCCCGACAGACCCACUCACCUCUCCCUCGUCAGUGCCCCUGAAGUAGAGGAUGACUCGCUGGAGCACAAGCGCCUUACCCGCAUCUCUGACCCAGAGAAGUGGGAGAUCAAACAGAUGAUUGCUGCUAAUGUACUUUCUAAAGAAGAGUUUCCAGACUUUGAUGAAGAGACUGGCAUUCUUCCUAAAGUAAAUGAUGAAGUAGAUGAGGACCUUGAGAUGGAACUGGUUGAGGAAGAGCCUCCCUUCCUGAGAGGGCACAGCAAGCAAAGCAUGGACAUGAACCCUAUUGAAAUUGUUAAGA